AUGGCGCGAAUAGACCUUGACUCCGUUCGGCGGGACCUCCCUGCGGACGAGGACAGCUUUACGCCUGCCCCUGCCGAAUUGCGGCUCCCCGAGCGGCGCUUCGAGAGUGGGCGCAAGCUUCAGGCCAGAGUUCGGAAACAAUUGGCAAGGUCAACGUUGGCGGCUUUGGCCGAUGCUGAUAGACCGGACCGCGAUGAGCUGGCCAACGACCAGCCAGUCAUUCUUCAUCCCGCCAUUCGUCGUCAUUACCACUCUUUAAAAACCCAUCUUUCAGCUUUCGACAAGUCGACUUGCGAGAGCCUUGCUUGGACCCAAAAGUACGCGCCGGCAGCCGCAGAGGAGGUUCUCCAAAGUGGCAAAGAGACGGGCCUUUUGAAGCAAUGGCUGGUGGCUAUGAAGGUUCAAGCCGUCGAAACUGGUGGAGAUGCAAAUGGAGACAAGUCCAAGAGCAAGACCGACACGGCGCCAAAGAAGAAGAGGCGCAAGAAUAAGCUGGACGACUUUGUGGUGGACAGCGGCGAUGAAGAGAGCGAUUUGGACGAACUCACGGAAUGCGAUGAGGAUGAAAACUUUGUCGCUCCGACUUUACAGAAACGAUCCGUCGUUCGCUCGGGCGAUGUGUCAACCAAGGACCCAGGCAAGCUCAAGAACGCCAUCGUCAUCAGCGGUCCCCAUGGCUGCGGUAAGACUGCCGCUGUCUACGCCGUGGCAAAGCAGCUAGAUUUCGAGAUAUUCGAGAUCAACUCAAGCAGCCGGAGAAGUGGCAAGGACAUCUUGGAAAGGGUGGGUGACAUGACGCGCAACCACCUUGUCCAGCAGCACAAGGCCCAACCUGCCAUGUCUGGCGAGGCGAGCGAGGGCCUCAACGACAAGCAAGAGUCAGGCAAGCAGGGCAUGAUGACGUCCUUUUUCAAGCCAAAGCCCGCCACGACAGGCAAGCAACAAGUCAAGAAGCAGUCGAAAGACAAGGUCGAACAGUCGAGCAAGCCGGCUGCGCCAAAGGCUCAAAAGCAGUCUCUCAUUCUGCUCGAGGAAGCGGACGUGUUGUACGAGGAAGACAAGCAGUUUUGGACGACGCUUUUGACUUUGAUGAGCCAGUCAAAGCGCCCAUUCAUCAUAACGUGUAACGACGAGAGCUUGAUACCGCUACAAAGCCUCAACCUCCACGGUAUCUUCCGGUUCUCCGCCCCGCCCACCGGCGCCGCGGUGGACGUCUGUCUCCUAAUCGCCGCCAACGAGGGUCAUUGUCUUGCGAGAUCAGCUGUCGAGUCCUUGUAUCAGUCGCGCGGCGAGGACCUCAGGGCUACAAUCACAGAGCUGAACUACUGGUGCCAACUCGGGGUUGGGGAUCGAAAGGGAGGCUUCGAUUGGUUCUACCCACGAUGGCCCAGGGGUUCGGACCUGGACGAAAGGGGCGAGGUGGUCCGGGUCGUCAGUGAAGGCACAUAUUUGCACGGCAUGGGUUGGAUUGUCCGCGACAUGGUUGCCGCAACACCUCAGAAACUGCUGGCAGAAGAAGAGAUUCUCCGCCAGUCAUGGGACUCGUGGCAGCUGGAGAUGGGCGACUGGUUCGCCUCGCUGAACAUGGACAGCCCUGCGAGAGAGCUCUCGCAGUCAAACGAGAGGUCGCGGCAGCGCCUGGCAGCCCUGACGGCAUACGACGAUUUAUGUGCCGCACUGAGCGACGCCGACACUUGCUCCGCAGGAGCCUUCGGCACGGUGUUGCAGGAGCACAUAGAUCCAACGCUGCCAGAGCUUACCAACGCCGUCAAGGACGACUUCAUCAUCGGCCGCUCCUUGCUAGAGGCCGAUCCUGCGGCGCCUUCGGCCUGUCCUCGCACCGACAUAUCACUCGCCCUGCAGUCUCUCGCACGCCAGACACUGCACAGCUUCGUGAAAGGCUCAUGUGACGCCUCUUGGCUAAGGCCGGUGGACGAGGGUGCUGCAGUCUCGAUACUCGACGCCUCAUUUUCUUCCCGCCGGCGCGCGCUAACUAGGAUGGACAUGGCGCACGCAUUCGAUCCCAUUGCUGUGUCGCCGAAAGCGCAACCCACAGCUCAUCUGGAUCCAUCCGUCUUUGACCGCACCAUGCAGCUCAUCACACUCGAUGUUGCCCCUUGGGUUCGGGGUAUCGUCGCGUUUGAUCACCAGCUGAUGCAGGAGCGCCUCAAGCUCAGCAGCCUGCUCAGUGAAGGCGGGAAAAGGAAGCGGAUGCGCACCACACGCAGCGCGUACUCGGCGCUCGAGGGAGGCGAGAGGCGGCUGACGCGAAAGGAGAAGUACUUUGGGGGUAGCCUGACAACGGGGCUGGUGAUGCGGACGGGAGCGGCCUCAUUCCAGGAUGCCUUGCCCGUGCGGGUGAGGGAGAGCGACGUGGACGAGACGGUCACGAGCAGCCCGGUAUCUGCCGGGUCGCCAUGA